AUAAAAAAAAACAUCAAUCAAAACAAAGACACAUAAUUAAUCCGUAUUUUGUCAUGAUAAACAUAAUUAAUCCCAAUUUUCCUAAUCUCAUGGUUGCAUUCACCUAAAUCCUCGCGGGGAUGUUAUUGACAUAAAUUAAAAGUAACGGGGAGACUCUUACAAUUUCGUGAAUCUUUUGGGUGGUUUAAGAAAGUACAGUUUCGAUGUAGUUUCAACUUUCAACAUUUACGACUUACGCGCACGAUAGUUUUACCAAGUUUUACUUGCAAACUCCCCAAAAAAGAAAACCAAAAACCCCAACCAAAAGUCGUUCUCAUCGGAAGCUCAGAGAAGAAUGGCGAAAUCCAGCGCCGAUGAUGACGAGCUCCGGCGCGCCUGCGCGGCCGCGAUGGACGGCACCAAACAAGAUAUCGUACUGUCGAUCAGGGUGGCCAAAAGCCGUGGGAUCUGGGGAAAAUCCGGCAAGUUGGGACGAGGUCACAUGGCCAAGCCUCGUGUUCUCGCCAUUUCGAAAAAGGUAGAAGGACAACGGACUCUAGCUUUUCUUCGUGUCUUAAAAUAUUCCAGUGGAGGUGUGCUUGAACCUGCGAAACUCUACAAGCUGAAGCAUCUAUCGAAAGUGGAAGUUGUAACAAAUGAUCCGAGUGGAUGCACUUUUUUGUUGGGAUUUGAUACCCUGAGAAGUCAAAGUGUUGCUCCACCUCAGUGGACAAUGAGGAAUGUCGACGACAGGAACCGUCUUCUGAUUUGCAUCCUAAAUGUCUGCAAGGAUGUCUCUGGUCGUCUCCCUAAAGUUGUUGGCAUAGAUGUCGUGGAGAUGGCUCUUUGGAUUAAGGAAAAUACACCAGCAACUAGUAAGCAAAAAAGUAUCCUUCAAGACGGGCCAGUUACGACUGCAGUUGCAGAACGCGACAUGAAAGUGACAGUUGAAAGAGAACUUGUGUCUCAAGCGGAGGAAGAGGAUAUGGAGGCUCUUUUAGGCACUUAUGUCUUGGGCAUCGGUGAAGCAGAGGCAUUUUCUGAGCGGUUGAAGCGAGAGCUUCAAGCAUUAGAAGCAGCUAAUGUGCAUUCCAUUUUGGAGAAUGAACCUUUAAUAGAUGAGGUAUUACAGGGGCUUGAGUCAGCCACCAACUGUGUUGAGGAUAUGGAUGAAUGGCUUGGCGUUUUCAAUCUAAAACUACGGCACAUGAGAGAGGACAUAGAGUCGAUUGAAAUCCGAAAUAACAAGCUGGAAAUGCAGUCAGUUAACAACAAGUCAUUAAUUGAGGAACUUGAAAAACUUCUUGAAAGUUUACGUAUCCCAUCUGAGUACGCGACAUGUCUAACAGGGGGUUCUUUUGAUGAGGCUCGCAUGGUUCAAAAUAUUGAAGCAUGUGAGUGGCUAGCCAAUGCUUUAAGGAGCCUUGAAGUUCCCCAGUUGGACCGUAGCUAUUCAAAUAUGAGAUCUGUUAGAGAGAAGCGGGCAGAUCUUGAGAAGUUGAGAAACAAUUUUGUGAAAAGAGCAUCUGAGUUCUUAAGAAACUAUUUUUCUAGUUUGGUGGAUUUCAUGAUAAGUGACAAGAGUUAUUUCUCUCAGCGUGGACAACUGAAGAGGCCUGAUCAUGCUGACUUACGGUACAAGUGCAGGACAUAUGCUCGCCUUUUGCAGCACUUGAAGAAUCUAGACAAGAAUUGCUUGGGCCCACUAAGGAAAGCUUACUGCAGCUCUCUGAAUUUACUCCUACGUCGAGAGGCUCGUGAGUUUGCAAAUGAACUUCGUGCAAGUACAAAAGCAUCAAGGAAUCCAACUGUAUGGCUUGAUGGUUCCACAGGCUCUAAUCAAAGUGCGAAUAGUGCAGAUACUUCUAUUGUUUCUGAGGCAUAUGCUAAAAUGCUUACAAUUUUCAUUCCACUCCUUGUAGAUGAGAGUUCUUUCUUUGCACACUUCAUGUGUUUUGAAGUUCCAGAUGGCAAUAAAAUUGCACCGACUGAUGAUGAUAAUGAUGAUGAUUUGGGCAUCAUGGACAUUGAUGAAAAUGACAAAGCCGGUAAGAAAUCGGCAGACUUGCAGGCAUUGAAUGAAUCACUUCAUGAUUUGCUUGACGGAAUACAGGAAGAUUUCUAUGCUGUGGUUGACUGGGCAUACAAGAUUGAUCCUCUACGAUGUAUAUCUAUGCAUGGAAUUACAGAACGCUAUAUUUCUGGUCAAAAAGCUGAUGCAGCAGGGUUUGUGCGUAUUUUACUUGAUGACCUUGAAACCCGAAUUUCUACACAGUUCAGCCGCUUUGUGGAUGAAGCUUGCCACCAAAUCGAAAGAAAUGAUCGAAAUGUUAGACAAGUCGGCGUCUUGUCAUAUAUACCCAGAUUUGCUACUCUUGCAACUCGCAUGGAGCAUUAUAUACAGGGACAGUCGAGGAAUUUGGUUGAUCAGGCUUACACAAAGUUUGUUAACAUAAUGUUUGUGACAUUGGAUAAAAUUGCUCAAGGAGACCCCAAAAAUGCUGAUAUCUUGCUUUUAGAAAAUUAUGCUGCAUUCCAGAACAGUCUGUUUGAACUGGCCAAUGUUGUGCCUUCUUUGGCAAAAGCUUAUCGCCAAGCAAGUAAAUCUUAUGAAGAAGCUUGUGCCCGCUUUAUAAGCGCAAUCGUAUACUAUCAAUUUGAGCGACUCUUUCAGUUUGCUCUCAAAAUAGAGGAUUUGAUGUAUACCAUUACACCAGAAGAGAUACCAUUCCAGCUUGGAUUGUCAAAAAUGGAUCUGCGCAAGGUUGUAAAAUCAAGUCUAUCUGGGGUUGACAAGUCUAUCAUCACAAUGUAUAAAAGAUUGCAGAAGAAUUUGACCUCAGAUGAAAUGUUGCCUUCACUAUGGGACAAGUGCAAGAGGGAGUUUCUCGAGAAGUAUGAAAACUUUGCUCAACUUAUUGCUAAAAUUUACCCAAACGAGCCCAUCCCUGCCGUUGCACAAAUGAGAGAGAUAACAGCAUCAAUAUAGAAAGAGCGGUCACUGUUGUAAACUUCUUUACUUUACAUUUUGUACCGCUUUCUCUUGGGUGUAAAAUCGCCUCUGUUGUAUUCCUUUUCGCCUUUCGUGGGGUCUCCGAUUUGAUUUAUUCGUAGACCACUCGGAGGUUGAGGUGAAGACAUAUAUAUGCCACGUGUGCAUUCACUACGGAGGCUUUUGUGUAUGUACCAAUCCUGAAGAAAGUUUCUAUACACUAAAAGAUCACGUAUGUUUAUGUGUCUAUUGUAAACUGAAUGCUUUGGUUAAUGAUGGUUGUUUCAUAGUGUA